UGUGAUAGCCGCAACAAGUUGUGUUUAUUUCAUUGCAAAAGUUUUUCUGCUGGAGGAAAAGUCGAAUAGUGCGAGUGAAAAAUGGCCGGCACAAGCGAUUACGAGGGAUACAAAUCACCUUUGAGUACCCGCUAUGCUAGCAAGGAGAUGCAGUUUCUGUUUAGCGACCAAAACAAGUUUUCCACAUGGCGACAACUGUGGGUCUGGUUGGCGAAGGCGGAACGUACUUUGGGGUUGGAAAUUAGUGAGGCGCAAAUAACAGAAAUGGAGCAACAGAUUAAGAACAUAGAUUUUGAAGCGGCGGCUGCAGAAGAGCGGUUAACUAGGCACGAUGUUAUGGCACAUGUUCACGUUUUUGCAAAGCAAUGCCCAAAAGCUGCACCGGUCAUACAUUUGGGAGCCACAUCCUGCUAUGUGGGGGAUAAUACGGACCUUAUAGUACUACGCGAUGCACUGCAGCUAUUGCUACCUCGUGUAGCCUCUGUCAUACUGUGCUUAAAACAGUUCGCAGAGACGUACAAAUCGCUACCGACUCUUGGCUUUACGCAUCUACAACCGGCACAGCUGACUACAGUGGGUAAGCGUGCUUGCCUAUGGAUUCAAGACUUACUUAUGGAUGAGCGUGCUCUGAGGCGCUGUCUGGAGGAUUUACGUUUCCGCGGAGUCAAGGGUACAACUGGCACGCAAGCGUCCUUCUUGCAGCUCUUUAAUGGCGACGGCGGGAAAGUAAAGGAAUUGGACUUGCUAGUGACGAAGUUGGCUGGAUUUAGUAAGCCAUAUGGCGUGACUGGGCAAACGUAUUCCCGAAAAGUAGAUGUCGAGAUUGUGGCUACGCUCUCGAGCCUCGGCACCACCAUACAUAAGAUGUGCUCUGACCUACGCAUUCUUGCAUCCCGCAAAGAAAUGGAGGAGCCCUUUGAGUCCACGCAGAUUGGCUCUUCGGCAAUGGCUUAUAAAAGGAAUCCGAUGCGUUCGGAACGCUGUUGCGCAUUAGCCCGACAUCUCAUUACACUUUUCAAUAACGCUGCCAACACGCAUGCCACACAAUGGUUGGAGCGAACAUUAGACGAUUCGGCCAAUCGACGUUUGACAUUGUCAGAGGCUUUCCUCUCGGCGGAUGCAGCAUUGCUGACUCUACUAAACAUUUCCCAGGGCAUGGUUGUCUAUAAUAAGGUAAUCGAGCGUCACAUUGCACAAGAGCUGCCAUUUAUGUCCACUGAAAAUAUAAUUAUGGCCAUGGUCAAGGCCGGCGGAGAUAGACAGGAAUGUCAUGAGAAGAUUCGCGUUCUUUCCCAGGAAGCUGGUGCUCAAGUAAAGCAGUUCGGAAAGGAUAAUGAUCUGGUCGAACGAGUGCGAAACGAUGCUUAUUUUGCACCAAUCCUGGGUCAUUUGGAUGAAAUACUAAAUCCCCGAACGUUUACCGGACGUGCAAGUGAUCAGGUAGUCGAGUUCAUAGCCGAAGAAGUAGAACCAGUACUGGCGCGUUAUAGCGACUCCUUAAAAAAUGUUAAAUCAGUGCAACUGCUUAUUUAGUUCGUUUACUUGAAAUCGUUUAUGCAUAAUUAUAAAUGUAUACAUAAAUUUUGAAAAUAUAUUACUACAUUGCGUCAAUCGUCA